AUGUCCCAGAACCUAGUUGCACUGUGCUACAACGAAUGUCCUGUUGUUAGCAACUGUGGGUUCUCCGACAAGUCCUGCCUGGAAAGUCCCGGGCUUGUGGUUGCUUGGUUCCUGUGGCAUAACUUUGGGGUCCUACAGGGGGUCUCAGCGCUUCCAAGGUCAGCUCCCUGUUCAGGAGUCACAUUGCCUCUGGUGAUUUUCAAGAGUCAGGUAGAGCCUCUGGAGCCUCAGAAGCUGUCUGAGACAUCAGGACAAUCAGAGCUGCACAUCUGCUUAUCCCCCCCGCUGUCCAAGGACAUGUAUCCCCGCGUGCUUGGCCUCCACUGGGUACUGCCCAGAGUACACCAGACUCAAACUGCAGCCCAGAGCGGAUCCGGGGCAGGCAGCCUCAGUGAGACACAAGGAGUGACUCAGGAAGAACUGAGGCAGAGAGAAGCAAGCUCCCAGGAGAACCAGGAGACCAUCCACCCAGACAAGUUCAGCAAUGCCAAGCGCUCCUGGAAGCCCACAGUGCUGGGUAGGAUUCAAAACAAAAUGCGGGCCCGGGCCACGGCCACAACACCAAAGAAACCAAAGCGUCUCCUCCUUGCUGCUCUCGGGCUUAAUGGUAAGCAGAGGAAGGCCACCAGCCAGCAGCCUGCUUUCACAGUUCAAAGGGAUGAGCCAGAUGUUGAGAGUGAGAAGGAACUUCUUAGCCCUAAAAAGGUGCAAUACGAGGACAAUAUAUUGGAUUCCAAUUCAGCUGUUUCACCACCAGAGACAAGAAAACCUUUGGUGCCCUGUCAUCAAACAAAGGAUGAUAGUUCUGAAGCCUCUCUUCCUCGGGACACGUCCAUGAAACUGGAAGCCCAAGAAAUGGUAUCAAAUAUCAUUGAAGUCUCUGACUAUGCAGAAGACAUCUAUCUUUACCUCAGGGAAAUGGAGCUUAAACGUAAACUGAAUGUGGAUUUCAUGAAGAAUCAGCCAGAUGGCACUGACAGAAUAAGGGUUUUCUUAGUGAGCUGGCUAGUGUCCCUAGCGGAAUUCCACCAGCUCCAGGAUGAGACUCUGCACUUGGCCGUGAACUAUAUAGAUAGGUACCUCUCCUUAGAAUCAGUGUCUUUUGGGGAGCUGUCCCUGAUUGGCAUUGCUGCCUUGCUGGUUGCCUCCAAGUUUGAAGAAGUCUUCCCACUCAGGGUAGGAGGGCUUGUUAACCUCCUAGCUGGCCAAUUCUCUAAAAAGGAGAUCAUAAGAAUGGAGCGCAGGCUGUUGGAAGUGCUGACUUUUGACCUUUCAGCACCAACAAUCAAUCAUUUCCUCACUCAGUAUUUCCUUCAUCAAGAGCAGCCCAAUUCUGAAGUGGAAAACUUAGCCAUGUUUCUGGGAGAGUUAAGUUUAAUCGAUACUGACACCUAUCUGAAAUAUCUCCCAUCAGUUAUUGCAGGAGCUGCAUUUCAUCUAGCUCUCUACACAAUCACUGGCAAGAGCUGGCCUGAGUCACUGGUCAGAAAAACGGGAUACACCUUGCAAAGUCUUAAGCCAUGUCUCCUGGACCUUCAUCAGACCUACCUCAGAGCACCAGAGCAGGAUCUACAGAUUAUACAACAAAAAUACGAAAUGGCAGUGCACUGCUCAGUAUCACUCAUCAAACCUCCAGAGACAUUAAACUUAGAGUGAGCAAAGGACUCAGAGCUGAAACUGCAAUAGAAGCCUUGCUGUGCAAUUUAUAUUAUGGACCUCAGUUUCUUCACAAAGAAUCACUUUAGCUGAAGCAUAGUAGAUUUUUUUCUCCAGCCCUUUAA